AUGAAAUUCUUCAUUUACAUAUGGAUUCCAAAGAGUACUCUCAGCUCUUUGUUAUGUUAACAAUUCUUUUCUUACAUUUUCAGUUCAUGUUUCAAUCUUCACUAGCUUCUUCUUCUUCUUUAUCAAUAUCUGAAACUUCAAACCAAGUUCUAAUUUGUUCAUUAAUACCAUCAUCAUCACUAGGUUCAGGAUCCCAUCAAAAAUCAUUCCUAAAUUGCACUAAUUUUCCAAAAACUAAUCAAAUUCCUGUCAUUUCACCAAAUGUGUCAAUAUCAGCGAUCACUGGGGGCGAUGGGUUCCAAUGUAUUUUAAGUCCAACAUCAUCAGAAACCUGUGUUCUUCAUUGCUGGAGAUUCUCCGGGGAUGGUACGGAUAUUCGGUUCAAGAGGAUUUAUAGAGGUCCAAUGCUCGGGGAGCUUGUGUCCGGGAAUUCGCACAUUUGCGCUAGAGUUACUAGUACUAAUCGUGUAGAAUGUUGGCAAUGGCAAGAAUUUGAUUCUGCAGGUAGUUAUAACUUAACUGGGAUAUCCGUAGGAGGAGAAUUUUUAUGCGGGUUGACAGAAUCCAAAACAAUCAAAUGCUUAGGAAAUUAUGGAGAUGUUGUUGGUGCUCCGCCGAACGGGACUUUUAAUCUUGUGAAGGCCGGAAAUCGCCACGCCUGUGCUGUUUCAACUGAUGGAAGUCUAAAAUGUUGGGGAGAAAUGGUUGGAGAAGUUCCACCAGGGGACUUCGUAGAUCUAGCAUCGGGAAAUUAUCGAACUUGUGCUCUUCGCGUUAACGGGACAAUGGCUUGUUGGGGAGGGGAUGGCAAUUUCAUGUUACCGGAGGAAUUACGAGAUACGGAGUUUAUUCGGAUUGAAGCGAAAAACAGUGUUUUCUGUGGAGUUGUUACAAAGAAUUUAUCAGUUAUUUGUUGGGGUAACAAUGAGUAUUUUAGUAAUUAUUCAAUGGUUUUUAGAUAUGUGCAACCUGGACCUUGUUCCAUAACCUGUCCCUGCAAAAUUGUUGCGGAUUCUGAAAGAUUUUGCAGCAAAGGCAGUAUUUGUCUUCCUUGUAGUAGUCCAAAAUCACCGGCAUUGCAACUAUCUCCGCCGCGGCCGCCAGAGUCUGCACAACCCGGAAGCUGCGGAAAUGACAAGAGAAGAGUGGCAUUUCUAGUGGUGGGUUCUGUGGGAACAUUGUCAUUGAUACUUGUUUGUGGUUUCUUUCUAUUCAAAUUUUGUAAGAAUAGAGUUUGCCGAAUUCAUGAUUCAGGUCGGUUGGAUCAAGUUACUGAGCAGCCAUCUCCACUCCGGUCUAUCCGGCGCAGUGGAUCUCAAAUCCGUGCACAGGCUUCUCAAGAAAGGAGACUUGGCAAACUGUAUAGUAUGAAUUAUUUGGAAGAAUUCGGUCUGGAAACACUACUCAGAGUCACCAAAAAUUUCUCAACAGGGAACAAAAUCGGGCACGGAAGUUUUGGUCUGGUUUACCGGGCAAUCCUAGACGACGGACGAGAAGUUGCAAUUAAGCGAGCUGUAUCGAUCUCAAGGUCAUGUCAUGCUUCAGCUGCAGCAACAACAGCUGCGACGAAACGCCAAAAUGACAAGGAGAAUGCAUUCAUAGCAGAACUCGCUUACCUCUCCCGGCUCAACCAUAAAAACCUGGUCAGACUCUUGGGCUAUUGCGAGGAACAAAAUGAAUGCGCAUUAGUGUACGAGUACAUUGCUAAUGGCACACUCCAUGAUCAGUUACACAAACCCGAGCCAGCCCCGCCGCUCAGUUCAUGGAUGGCUAGAUUAAAAGUUACGCUAGACGCAGCUCGAGGGAUUGAAUAUCUUCAUUCAUAUGCUGUUCCGUCAAUCAUUCACCGCGACAUCAAAUCCUCCAACAUUUUGCUAGAUGCGUCUUGGACAGCUAAAGUUGCAGAUUUCGGGUUAUCGUUGAUAGGUCCUAAAGUUCACGAGCCGUAUUUGUCGUUACGGGCAGCUGGGACUGUUGGUUAUAUGGAUCCUGAGUACUUCAGAUUACAACAGUUAACAACCAAAAGCGACGUUUACAGUUUCGGGGUGGUAUUACUAGAAUUACUAACCGGGUUCAAGGCAAUACACCUAAACGAAGCCGGUGCACCAAGAAACAUUGUCGAUUAUAUUGUGCCGUAUAUCCUAGAAGACAGAAUGCAUUGUGUGUUAGACCCAAAAUUAUCAGCUCCGACACCGUAUGAAAUCGAAGCUGUUACCCAGUUGGGGUACUUAGCAGCUGAUUGCGUGAAUCUAGAGGGACGAAAUCGGCCAUCCAUGAAUGAAGUUGUAAGCUGUUUGGAAGAUGCAUUGGCUGAUUGUGAGGUGCCACAACAAGUACUACAGUCUCCAUCAAGCAUUAGAUCAACAAGUAGGUGAAUGAUGGUACUGUAAUGCUUGAGACUUCCAUCCUUUCAUGCAAGUCUAGCGACCCAUCCGUGACAAAAAGAUCAGGUUUCAUUCUUUUAGUCAUGAAUAAUGUAAUGUAAAGAAUUCUUGGACUCACAUUAUGACUAUAGUUUAGAUUAUUAAUAAGAGGUUACUUUGACAUUUCUUAACCCC